CGUGUACAACUCCUCAACCUUUCUUCUUCUUCACCUCUGCUCUCUGCUUCGUCGUGUCCUCCCUCUCAUUUCGUUCGCCGGAGUUAACGAGCUUAGUUCUUCGAUCGUACGGAUUGUAAAGUUUACAUAACAGUAUAUAAAUGUCUGUGAGCAAUUCCUUGAAGAAGCUCUCGUCUUGUGUUCUUAUUGAUCUCGACGGAACCCUAAUCAACACAGAUGGUGUGGUUGGUGAUAUAUUGAGGAAGUAUUUAAGUAAAUAUGGGAAGCAGUGGGACGGAAGAGAAGCGCUUAAGAUAGUAGGGAAGACUCCGUUAGAAGCUGCGACUACUAUUGUCGAGGAUUAUGGACUUCCUUGUGGUGUUGAUGAGUUCAAUUCUGAGUUCUACCCUUUGUUCUCUGCUCAGAUGGAUAAGAUCAAGUCUCUUCCAGGUGCUAAUAGGUUGAUUAGGCAUUUGAAAGGGCAUGGUGUGCCUAUGGCCUUGGCUUCUAAUUCCUCUAGGGCUAAUAUUGAAUCCAAGAUCUCUUUUCAUCAAGGUUGGAAGGAAUGUUUCUCGGUUAUUGUUGGUAGUGACGAAGUUUCUAAAGGCAAACCUUCUCCUGAUAUUUUUCUUGAAGCAGCGAGAAAGUUGAAUAAAGAUCCAGGAGAGUGUUUGGUUAUUGAAGAUUCUGUGCCUGGUGUUUUGGCUGGUAAAGCUGCUGGGAGUUAUGUGAUUGCUGUUCCUUCUCUGCCUAAACAAACACAUCUUUAUACAUCGGCAGACGAAGUCAUCAAUUCUCUGCUUGACAUUAAACCUGAAAAAUGGGGUCUUCCUCCGUUUCAAGAUUGGAUAGAGAACACUUUACCAAUUGAUCCUUGGCGUAUUGGAGGUCCAGUUAUCAAAGGAUUUGGCCGUGGCUCUAAAGUACUCGGAAUUCCCACAGCGAACUUGUCAACGAAGGAUUACGCGGAGGAGCUAGUGGAGCAUCCUUCGGGAGUGUACUUUGGUUGGGCAGGGUUAGCAACUAGAGGUGUCUUUAAAAUGGUCAUGAGCAUUGGUUGGAAUCCUUAUUUCAACAACACCGAGAAAACUAUUGAGCCAUGGUUGCUUCACGAUUUCACUGAAGAUUUCUAUGGAGAAGAGCUACGUCUUAUAAUUGUUGGCUAUAUACGUCCUGAGGCUAACUUUCCUUCACUGGAGAGUCUCGUAGCAAAGAUUCACGAGGACAGGGAUGUCGCAGAGAAAGCUCUUGAUCUUCCAUCGUAUGCUAAGUUUAAGGAUGAUCCUUACCUGACUAAAUAUGAUUAAAGUCAUUUAUGUAAAGAAUCAAAAACUUUGUUUUUCUCACAUUCUUGAUUAUGAAUUUGAUUUAAUAACCAAACUCUCUAAUUGUUUGUUAAACUCGAAUAACACUUCUGUCUUUGCUUUACUUACUGUCAA